CUCACUUUUUCUGCAGAAUUUCAAGAUGGCGACGUCCAUGGUCUGACAAACAUCUAAUGAACAAAAAUGAAGAAAAAAGGUUUAUCAGUUAAAUCUGAAGUGUUUCAGGCAAUGCAAAAUGCUGACAUUAAAGUUUUAGAAAGGUUUGAUUCGUCAGAAAUAAGGCCAGUGUUACCAUGUUUAGUUAGGACUGCAUUAUGUGCAGCUGUUGACAAAAGUCAUUUGUGGUCAGUAGGCAGGAAAGAUGUGUUGAAGAUUCUGGCAGGGAUUGAAGAUGUCAACAGUAUUGUGGCUAUACUUUCAAUUGACUUCCAUGCCUUAGAACAAGAUGUUAAGAAAGAACAACAACUGAGAAUGAAAGUUGGCAGCUCAUAUUCUGAUAGUGUACUAAUAUCCCAACUUCAAAAUGGCCUAGCCCUUGAGUUCGAACAUAGCGAUCCUGCAAGAAGAAUAAGGCUACUUUUAAGUGAACUCCUUUACAUAUUAUCACAGGUGCGUGAGAACAAGACAGACUUCUCGCAGAAGCAGUGGGAGCUGUUUGACUGUGAUGUUUACCUGGAGGAGGUGGCGGAUGUCCUCUGUAUCUCUUACUCAGAGCUGCCAGGUCUGCUUCCCAUGGGGGAUGUUGCGGAGGCUCUCAUGUACGUACCAAAUGGACCCUGGCUGCUGUGUAGACUGGUGGCCAACUCUCCUGACAGCUUCAAUCAAGUUUGUAAAAGUCUGGUUGCGAAGGGAGAGAAACAGGAUGAAGAAUCUGUGAGUGGGCGUCGCCGCAUGGAACUCCUCCAAGCACUGUGUCAGAUGAACCCUGCAGAAGCACUGCAUGUCAGGACUCUCUGUGUUCAGAACUGUACCAUGCCAGGGUUGACAGUGGCACUGACCCUGAACAUAACGAAUCAAUCGGAAUCAAGCUCAAGAGAUUCAUCAGCCAAUGACCUUGUAGCAUUCACCAGUGGUUUGUUGCUAGGCAACAACAUUGAAGUGAAGAAUUGGUUCUCACAAUUCAUUAAAUGUGGCCAAAGGCGAGGCCGGGAACCAACAAUGUCGAUGCUCCAUGCCAUGAGACAGCAGCUGAUCAGACAGCUCUCCGAGAUCAUCCCAGGGCCAGGAACCAGUAUGGACCCCACCCAUGUUAUUGAGGCCAGCUCCUUUGUUAGGCUUUACUGUGCACUGAAGGGAAUUGCAACACUCAAAUUUACGGAUGAGGAGAUGAAGUUAUUGCUCAGCCUUGUGACCUCACGACCUCCAACCUGCCAGUCAGGUUCCAGACUUGUUUCCCUGUGCCUCUGUAUGCUCAUUGCCUGCCCUUACAUCAUAGGGAGUGUUGAGCAAGAAAGGCAGGUGGCAGACUGGAUUCGAUGGCUCAUGGACUCGGAGAAAACAUUUGGAAGGUCAUCAGGGAAGAGUUCAUCGUUUGGAGAGAUGCUGUUUCUCAUUGCCAUACACUUCCAUGGCAACCACAUGCAUGCAAUAUCUGAGCUAGUCUGCUCUACACUUGGAAUGAAGUGCCCAGUGAAAGCCAAUGCUCUUGCAAGAAUAAGACAGAUUUUCACACAAGACAUUUUCACAGAACAGGUGAUCACAUCCCAUGCUGUGACAGUACCUGUCACGUCCGAAUUGAGUGCAGGAAUGGAUGGCUACCUGCCUAUACACUGUAUACACCAGCUGCUUAAGAGUAGGGCUUUCUCCAAGUACAAGGUCCCCAUCAAGGAGUGGAUCUACUCCCAGAUCUUUGAGUGUUCGUACCCGCUCCAUCCCCUUCUACCCCAACUGAUCGAGGCAUACGUAAACUCCAUCCUGGUCAAGAGUAACAAGACCGACCACACCAAUCAGCCCAUAUCUGCCACAGACAUAGCCAGGCUGUUCUCUGAGAAACCUGUCUUUAAUAAGACAAGAGGGAAGCCAGUGAACCUAGCACCCCACAUGUGUAUGCUGUAUUAUGUUUUGUUGUAUGAGGACACACUGGACAGCCAUAGGAAACAGCUAGCCCUGUCGGGUCGGAGUGUAGAGUCGUACCCGGGCCAUCUCAUGUCUGAGAUUCCCAUCAACUAUCUGAUCCAGCAGUCACAGCGGGGACAGCACCUCUAUGGCGGGCUCUUCUCCUCACUUCUCAAACUUCUUGUGACCCAGUUCCCCCAUCUGUGUAUCGUGGAAGACUGGUUGGAGGAAACACUCACCCCUGGCAGCCAGACAACUCGCACAGCUGUCACCCGACCUAGGACUUGUACUGUCAAACGAUUUAGAAAAGCACUUGCAAAGUUAGAGGAGAACUCACUAGAGUUGAUGGAGAUUUUACAACAAGUCCUAAACCUGCCAGUGGAAGAGUUACAUCCCUUUAGUGAGGAGAUUGUGAGUUGCCUCCCUUUAGUGCUGACCCCUGAAGUUCCGAGAAAGGUGGUAGAUCUGGUGAAGAAAGUCUGGUUCAAGAUACACUCACUCAUGCCCAGGAGUGUCCGUUUGUCAACUGUGAAUGCACUGAGACCCCAGCGGAAGUCUGGUUUCAAGUUCAGUUUAUACUCGGAGACAGACAUCACUGUGGACCCACUCAUUGUACUCAGAUGUGAUGAAAGGGUGUUCAGGUGUGCUCCAAUAUUGGAAGUUGUGUUACGUAUCCUGUCAGCGUACACGCUAGCAUGUCGUGUGUACAUGGAGAGCCACAUUGCGAGCACGCCAGUGUUAGACGGAGCGGGGCAGGUGGACCAGGAUAGACAUGAACUGAAGGGGGCGCUGCUUUCUGCACAGGAGAGCGCCAUCACACAGAUACUCCUAGAGUGUUGUCUGCCUAAUGAACAGGAAAAACAGAAAAGUGGGUUGUUGAGCAACUUGCAGGAAGUGAGGUCGGUCAUCUGUACAUACAUACACCAGACAUUCAUCUCCGACCCGAACCUCGCCAAGCUCGUACACUUCCAGGGUUACCCUAGUGAGCUGUUGCCAGUGACGUGUCGGGGGAUCCCCUCCAUGCACAUCUGCCUCGACUAUAUUCCCGAGAUGCUCAGUCAACCACAGAUGGACAAGCAGAUGUUUGCCAUCAAGCUGACGUCGCACCUCUGCUGCCAGUACGCUCUCCCAAAGUCACUCAGCAUGGCCAAGCUCUGUAUCAAUGUCAUGUUCGCUAUGAUCGGAGUGUUGGAAGCGGGCAAUCGUAUGGAGUUUUUCUCCGAGACUCUGCCGUGCAUGGUGCGAGUGUGUGGAGCGUUCCCGCCACUUUGUGAGGAUGUAACCAGUCUGCUUAUACAGUCAGGCCGUGUCUGCCUCUCUCAUCUCACCGCCUCCAGCAACACACCGGAGAAUGACUUCACCUUGGAUAAAUGUGGCACCGACACCCGGCCUGAAGAUCUCACACCACCGAGAAAACGGUUGAAAACCAACCAUGAUCUCUCCUCAUCUUACCAUAACCUCUACAAUAUCAUCCAGGCAACUUUCAAUACUAUUGUUUCCAAGUCUGUAGUGACUAAAGAUGUGUAUUGAUUGAUUAUUGACUAUAUUAUGGUGCAUUUCUGUAUUAUGAAUCAUGUUUUCGAAAAAUAUACUGAAGCUAUGAA